GGAAGAGAGAGGCGGGUGGGGAUGGGGUGUAAAAUCAAGCCGAAAACUGCACAUUUCUCCAUCGAUUUUAACCCGAAUGUGAACUGAAUCGCCACCGUCAGUAUCACCUUUAUCAUGGCGUCCUGGGAGCAGAGAAUUUCCUCUUUUUUACUAAGUCCAUCUCAGUAUCUGUCCUGCACCACGCCGGAGAGCUUUCUAGCUGAACUUCUUGACAAACUGAGGGAUGGCAAAGCGCAUGACAGCAAGAAGAUACUCCUGCUCUCCAUAUUAUUGGAGCAUCCCACAAUCCUUUGCCCGACCAUGUUAGCGGGAGAAGAGGUGGCGCAGGAGCUUGUGUCCAUUCUCAACUGUAUUCCGCCCAAAUCCAUUAAUCUAAAAUGCCACCUCAUGUUGGCCAUCACCAACAUUCUGAUAUGCACGUUGGGCUUGUCUAACCGAACAAAAGUUGCAGAGGAGUAUUUGCACUUCCUCUUUACAUUGAUUCGGGACACUAACGAUAACGUGGGUGGUCUAAGUCUCCACUCUGUCCGAGCCACCGCUUGCGAGUGUCUUCGAGAAAUGGAAACCUGCCAACCAGGUCUUCUGUCACAGAAGCUAGAAGCUCUUUAUUAUCUAAAGCAGCAAGAAACUACUGUUUUGCACCAGGCUUACUCCAUGCUCUACACACAGGCACUCAAGAACGCAGUCUGGAUAUUGACCCAACAAAACGACAUGGAUAACGGCAAGCUUAGGAGCGUCUUAUCUGGAAAUGAAGGAUUUGUAUGGAAACCUGCAAAGUUUGCAAAGUCUUUAAGCGUGGCACAAGUUCCACAGCUCCCAACCACGCUGGAUUACAAAGAACUGAAGUCUGUAACAUCCUUGCUUUUGGAGGAAUCCUACUUGAUGACGUCUCCAUCGCAGGGUGCCCUGCUGCGAGGACUCGUCGAGAUGGUGGCGAUGGUACCAGGCAUCUCUCCGGCCAUAUUUAAGUCUCAGCUGCUCAGGCUUUUCGGGACGACCGAGGUGGAGCUGAUGCACGCCACGCUGUUUAUGAAAGGCAUGUUCACCGACAGCCUCUUCACUGCUGAGGAUGAGCAUUUCUUGCUUAAACGACUAGUUGGCAUGGCGCAACAUCCCCUGCUUAGAAUUCCAGAGAAGCUCUUUUACAUGGACUGCAUUCUUCACUUUCCCGAGAACAGACCCAUAUCUAGCAGUGGAGAGGAAUGCUUACCCGUUCUCAUUACACCUCAGUUUACUCUAUCCCUCUUCCCUAAUGUGUUCAACGACAGUACCACAAUGCUCUGUAGACUGAACCUUCUCUGCAUGGUGCAUCUCGAGGCAAAUGAGGAAGAGGACGGCCAAGGUCUGAGAUAUUUAAUUGAUCACAUGAUGGCCCUGCUCAGAAUAGUAGACAAUCAUGGGAGCAGAGAAUCUGUGGUGACGUCUUUCAGAGCAGUUUACAUUUUCCUCCUGCAAUUCAGCCAUAUGGAGAACCUCUCAGAGAAACUUGUCCACCAGUUACGUGAGCUGUACUCCAGAAACUGUCACCUUGCGCCAAAUCUGAUCAACCUUGCAGAUCGAAUCCAGGAACGCUUGGAGGAUUCGCUUUGGCCAGUCCAGCUGUUAAAGGCACUUCAAAGGUGCAUAGUGGAAAUGCCUCCUGUGCAACUGACCCUUCAGAGUUUGGGCUGGCACCUAAAAAUCUUGGCUCGAGUCGCACAGGAGAGUCAGAUUACCCAGAGAAGUACUAUUUGCUUCCUUCUUGACAUCCUCGUCAAUUCCAACCUUUGUGAAAGAAGGAGCUGGAAUGUCGGCGCCGCCAUUCUCGCGGUAUGCCGUAACUUGCUCCAGCACCCUACUCUCAACCAGAUGUUCAUCGAACUCUCAGAUCUCCUGCAGCACAUGUCCAGGCGUUAUGAGGACACGGAUAUUCAAGACCACGCCCGGUUCUACUACACCCUUCUUACUAACUUGUCCUUGGAAAAACUUGCAAGCAUCCUUGCCAAGGCACCUAUAGGAGGACAGAUGAAAGUGCGAUCUUUGUCAGCCAUCACUGCAAGUGAAGAACUUGGCAGUUGUUUGACGGUUCUUCAGACUGAGAGUUGUAUCCUCGAGCUUAUAAAAGUUCACAAAAAUGGUUCUCAGGAUGCAGGUCCAAGUGCCGAAGUCCUGAGUGAUGCAGACUUAUAUGAGUUUUACCAGGAGCAACUGAAAACCCCAGGCUUUGCCUCAGAGGUCAUUUUGAUGUACAACCUCGUUCAUGCUAACAUGCCGGAUCCUAGAUUCGAUCGAAUCUUCACCAUAUGCCUUCAUUUUGACGUUGACACUAUGCACUAUUCGGAUGUAAAUGACAUCUACGUGCCGUGCCUUUUUAGAGACAGGAAGCCGCAUAGCGUCAGCGUGACGCUGAAGCCGCAUCAUCCAUACCCGACGAGUUUACGAGUAAGUGCCAUUUUCACCACGGAAGAUGGCCAGUCUUGGCACACUCGCUUACCAGACGUUAAAGUUUCGUUCCAUGAGAUAUUUCUUCCCGUGCCUUUACCCCUAGGGACACCACUUCAGGGCAAAGCAGAGGUGUUUGACCGGAUUUGGGACACUAUAUCCUUAAAGGAACCUAGAACUUCAGAGACAAGCCUGUUCUGUUUUAAGACUGGAAGUGAACCUCUUGCGGAUCUGAUUGAGAAGAAUUUCCAAAGUUAUCUGAUUUCACGAAAAGUAAAUGGGUGGAAGGUUCUGUUUUUCCUUCCGCCGCUUUAUCACAUUUUAUUGAUGAUCAGAGAGGGUGAGGACGCUGUUCAGGUCAGCAUCGCUACAGACAACUGGGAACUGCUGCCCCAUGUCAACUCCUACUUACAAAUCAUAACCGCACACUGCAGCACGACAACCGAUGAUGUUUGAGGACAUGGUAUUGGAAUAUGUCUUUAAGCGUGUAUUGAAUUUUAAUUGAAAUAAUUAAAUAUGCAUUUUUAUUAUGUUUCUAUUAUAAUCGAUUGCCCCAAGUUAUAUUUCAAUGGGUUUGCGUCAAAGGUAGCUACGUACAAAACGUGGCCCAGAAGAAUGUAUAUCAAAAUAAAUAAUUGAAACUGCUAUAAUAAAAUAUAAUCACAAA